GAGUACAUUUAAAUUCGUUGAUUUUGAAUGAAUUAUUUGCUUUUUAAAUGAAUGAUAAAACGUUAGUCAGAUCGUGUCACCAACAUAAAUAUCAAAAAAUGUUUUCUCUCGUCUCGAUCUCUACUUAUUCUUAAUUAUAUUCAAUCGUUUUUCGUAAUAAUACAUUAAGUGACCUGUCUAGAUGUUGAGAGAAAAAUGUUAAAACAAAGUAAAAGUGCCAACUUUUUGCAAACAAAUGAAAUAGUCCACGUAAAAAUAAAAGAAACAGCUACAAUUCAUCUUCGCUCGAAGAAUAAAACUUCUCCUGCUAAUGAUAAGCGCAAUUUUCGAAAUGUAAACAUUAUUAAAUAGAAAUCGCUUUGAAAAUUGCUGAAACUAUCCAUAUGGAGGUGAGACCUCUUGUUAUCAUAUCGACUACGUAGAAAAAUCGCACAUUUGUUUGAGUUUUUCGAGCUAGCCUUUGUGAUCAUCAUUAUCGAAAUAGCUAUCUAAAGAAGACUAUCACUAGUAAGUCAGGAUUAUCACGAUCUAUGAAACUUCAUGAUCAUCUAUUUUAUCGAAUAUACUUGAGCCAUGUAUGUCUUAUAACUUUACGAUUUUGACGCUAAUAUUCAGGAAGUAUAUGGUUGUUUUAUUACUGAAAAAACAGAACACUUUCGACAACUUAAGAAAUUUACUGAAAUUUCGUAUAUUUUACCUCGGAUGUUUAAGUCGUUUUGAUGUUUGAUCGGUUUCUGGCGUGUACAAGUUCUAAAAACAUAUCUCUACCAUCAGAAGUGGACGUUAUCUUCGCAGAAGAUCAUGGACUAUAAUUUUUGUUGAUUUUAGGUUUGCCAGAAGGUCACAUGGAAGCAUGUAUAUCGGGUGAUUUUCAUGCUGUUGAAACUUGGUGCAGCACAAAUAUUCCAAGUUAUACAGACACGGUCACCAUUCCUGCAAAUAUCACUGUAUUUGUUUCUGCUAAUCAUUCAUUCGAGUUCGGUCAACUAAACAUCUAUGGAAUUUUGCAGUUACAUCCUACUGCAUCUUUUCCUGCGAAUCAUUCAUUUACUCUUACUGUCUUUAACGGUGGUGUAUUGGCUGAUUUGAACGAUGAAAGUUAUACUCUACCCAAUGCCACAUGGUUCUUACCCAAUGGUUCUGUUUUUUAUGUUUAUAUUAAUGGUACAAUCAGUACGCACUUACAAACUCAGUUUUGUACUCAAUUGACGCCACCAAAAUGUUCCACAUUGUUCACCAAAGAUAGUGGGCCUUUGACAGUUGCUGUGAGUCUUCGCGCUCACAUUGCUAUAUUAAAAGCUAUCGCUCUUAUUGCUGUACGAUCUGGUUUUGCAUCGUGGCCAGAAACAUGGUUGGGAAGUCAACUGCCUCCUGAUGAUAUUUGUGAGAAAAACAAACAAUGCGACCUUUUGAUUAUGCCAAGUGUUCGACUUGCAACAACAAAACACGAUAUUCGAUCACUCUUCAAGUCAUUCUCUUCGGAGGUGCAACGACGAAAUUUGUUGAAGAAAACAUCACAUAGUCGGAUUUACCCGAUUGACAGUUUUAUGGCAGAUGAUUAG